GAAAUUCCAGCACUCAAAGAAAGGAGGCAGGAGGAUCCAAUGUUCAAGGCUAGUCUUAGUGACAGAGAAAACUGGAGAGGAGCUUGAGCUGCCUGAGACCCUGUCUCAAACACAAAAAUGGAUCUGGGAGGCCAAAUGGGGAGAGGCGUACCAGAGGGUGUUUUUUGAAGAGGCUGAGCUGCUCUCUUCCCUCAUCCAAUCCUUUCUAGUCCUUACUCUCUUAUCUCCAUUCUUUUCCCUUCUAAUUUCUGCCUACACAUCCAGCCCCGCCUCAUUGAGUUAUGCAAAUGAGCGCUAAUAGCCCCGCCCCGACAUGCUAACAACUUCCCGCCCAUUUGUGUUAUGCAAAUGAAGAACCCAGUGGCCCCGUCUGUCUGGCUAACAAGAGGCUUGGGCCCGCCCUCCACUGGGUUAUGCAAAUGAUGGCUCGUGCCCCCGCCCCACUGGGUUAUACAAAUAAGGCACCCUGUGGCCCCGCCCCUGCCUCGGCCACGGAGUCUGCGCGGAGCGGCAAGUCCGGCGGUCCAGACUUCAUCUCGGUGUCCGCCUGCCUGACCAGCGAUCUGUCUGACUGUUCUGCGACGCCGGGACUGUCUAGAGGAAGCGAGGGUUCAGGCGGCGGCGGCCUAGACAGGGCCUCAAUGGAGCCCUGGAUGUACAGUGCCCACCCUCACCUGCCUGGGCCUCAGUUUCCACAUCCGUGCAAUGGAGAUGAGUGUGCUUGCCCUGCUGGCUUCAAGGAGUGGCUGUGAGUUGGUGACAGUGGAGGUGGAUGCCUGUAGGAAGCCCUAGGGUGCUUUCACAGGCCCAGCCUUCACCAUGGCUGGAGGGAGACCUCACCUGAAGCGGAGUUUCUCCAUCAUCCCCUGCUUUGUCUUCGUGGAGUCUGUGUUGCUGGGCAUCGUGGUCCUUCUUGCUUACCGCCUGGAGUUCACGGACACCUUCCCUGUGCACACCCAGGGCUUCUUCUGCUAUGACAGCGCUUAUGCCAAGCCGUACCCCGGGCCUGAGGCUGCCAGCCGAGCACCCCCUGCCCUCAUCUAUGCUCUGGUUACUGCUGGGCCCACACUCACGAUCCUGCUGGGGGAGCUGGCCCGUGCCUUCUUCCCUGCACCACCCUCCGCCAGUCCUGUCAGUGGGGAGAGCACCAUUGUGUCCGGGGCCUGCUGCCGCUUCAGUCCCCCACUGCGGAGGCUGGUCCGUUUCCUGGGAGUGUACUCUUUUGGCCUCUUCACCACGACCAUCUUUGCGAAUGCAGGACAAGUGGUGACCGGUAACCCCACACCUCAUUUCCUGUCGGUGUGUCGCCCCAACUACACAGCCCUAGGCUGCCCACCGCCGUCUCCUGACCGGCCAGGGCCUGACCGCUUCGUCACGGACCAGAGCGCCUGUGCAGGCAGUCCCAGCUUGGUGGCUGCCGCACGCCGCGCCUUUCCCUGCAAGGAUGCGGCCCUGUGCGCCUACGCGGUCACCUAUACUGCGAUGUACGUGACCCUAGUGUUCCGCGUGAAGGGCUCUCGCCUAGUGAAACCUUCCCUCUGCCUGGCCCUGCUGUGCCCCGCCUUCCUGGUGGGCGUGGUCCGCGUGGCAGAGUAUCGCAACCACUGGUCGGACGUGCUGGCUGGCUUUCUGACGGGAGCAGCCAUUGCCACCUUUUUGGUCACCUGUGUUGUGCACAAUUUCCAGAGCCGACCCCACUCUGGUCGAAGGCUCUCCCCCUGGGAGGACCUGAGCCAGGCUCCCACCAUGGACAGCCCCCUCGAAAAGUUAAGUGUGGCCCAGGAACCCGAGACCUCCAGGCCGCAUUCGACACCGGCACGGCUCACCCCAUCCAAGCCGCAGAACUGUGCCCGCCGUGGCCACCUGAUUCCCAGCUGUGUGUCCUCCAGGGCGCCAGCGAUGUGCUCCUCGCCCCGUGUGCCCCGCCCUCGACUGAGGUCUGAGCCAACACCCCUGCCUCUGCCGCUGCCCCUUCCUGCACCGACUCCCAGCCAGGGUCCCUCGCCUUCCUCCCCUGGACCCGGGGGCCCAGGCGGGGGAGGUGGGCGUGGCCGGAAGCUGCUGCUGCCCACACCCCUGCUACGGGACCUGUACACCCUCAGUGGACUCCAUCCCUCCCCUUUCCACCGCGACAACUUCAGCCCUUAUCUGUUUGCCAGCCGCGACCACCUGCUGUGAGACCCACCACCUAAAAUCUACCCAGUAUCCCCUGUUUCCCCCCUGCCACGCGUGCGUGUGGCACGUAAGUGCUAAAGGCCCUUGCCCUCCAAACCAGCCAGGCCCAGCGUCAGAAGGCGGCUGGAAGGAACACUUCAAGGCAGGGAGUCUCUUGGCUGCUCUUUAGCCUUCUGGGACAUCUGGGUAGGCAAAAAUAACCAGGUGGGCCCUUUCCCUAGGAUUGCCCUUUAAACGGCUGAUGCUUGACCCAACUGGCCAUUGCCUAGCCAGUGAGAGCUCUGAAUUCUCAGAAUUCAACCCAAAAGUUUACAAAAGUUUGUGGGAACCUCUCACUUCUUAGCUUCCUCAAGAAAGAGGGUGCUACUCUGGCCAGUGUGCAGUGUCUAAACCGCCAAUAAGAGCCCUUGGCGUUCAGAAUUGCUGAGAGUGGGUGGGAAUGAUUCCAGUCAAUGGGGGACCGCCCGUGUCAAAGCCAAGGAGGGCUAUCCAGUCUCUCCCCGGGAACAUGGAGUCCAGCUGGAGGGUGGGGGGGCAGGCUCCCCCACAGCAGGGUCCUGCGGCACCCCUUCCUUUCUAGUCCUUCCCCAGGUGCACCAUCUCACACCCUCCAACCCCCUACUUAAGUAGGGUUUGCCCCAGUUCACAGGUUUUGGAGUUCCGGAUACUGUCUCCCUUGGCUGUGCCUAGGGCACCCCCAUCCCCAACCUUCUAUUAUUUAUUAGGGCUGUGGAAAAAGACUUUAUUUUCUUGGGACCCACCCUCCUUCUUCACACUGCCCCCAUGCCUCAGCCUCAUGCAGUUGUGCCAUCUUGGGGGGCAUGGGUGGAGUAGAAGGGGGUUCCCUUACCCUGAAUAGCCAAAGGCAGUGGGCAGAUGAGGCUCUGUCCCCCUUUCCUGCCCCCCCCAUCUUUAAUAAAGACCUGUUUGUAACAGAA